AUACAUUUUUGCACCAUUACUUAUAAGAAAGAGAAAAUCAUUUAAGAAAAGAACGUAACUGUCAUCUAUACAAUAUGAAUGAACUAGAUAGUCUAAGACAAGAAGCUGAGUCAUUAAAGAAUGCGAUUCGAGAUGCACGGAAGGCUGCGUGCGAUACCUCUCUGUUGCAAGCUGCCGCUUUGCUAGAACCUAUUGGACGUAUACAAAUGCGCACCCGACGUACACUGCGCGGUCAUCUAGCUAAAAUUUAUGCUAUGCAUUGGGGUAAUGACUCCAGAAACCUUGUAUCAGCCUCACAAGAUGGGAAACUAAUCGUCUGGGACUCUCACACUACGAACAAAGUACAUGCUAUACCAUUGCGUUCUUCGUGGGUGAUGACCUGUGCUUACGCUCCAUCGGGAAGUUACGUUGCUUGUGGUGGCCUCGACAACAUGUGUUCAAUCUAUAACUUAAAGACACGCGAAGGAAACGUACGUGUGUCCCGUGAGCUACCAGGCCAUGGCGGUUAUCUAUCAUGCUGCCGUUUUCUGGACGAUAAUCAAAUUGUGACAAGUUCAGGUGAUAUGUCGUGUGGCCUAUGGGACAUCGAAACCGGUCUGCAGGUUACUUCAUUUCUUGGUCAUACGGGUGACGUGAUGGCUCUUUCCCUGGCACCGCAAUGCAAAACAUUUGUCUCGGGUGCAUGUGACGCGUCUGCAAAGUUAUGGGAUAUAAGAGAAGGUGUUUGUAAGCAAACGUUCCCAGGACAUGAGUCUGAUAUCAAUGCAGUCACCUUCUUUCCAAAUGGACAAGCCUUCGCGACAGGAUCUGACGACGCAACUUGUCGGCUUUUUGAUAUACGGGCAGAUCAAGAAUUGGCAAUGUAUUCGCAUGACAACAUAAUUUGUGGCAUUACCUCCGUUGCGUUCUCAAAAAGCGGCCGUCUGUUAUUAGCGGGAUAUGAUGAUUUUAAUUGUAAUGUAUGGGACACAAUGAAAGCAGAGCGUUCAGGCAUUCUAGCCGGUCAUGAUAAUCGUGUUUCAUGUUUGGGAGUCACUGAAAAUGGUAUGGCAGUAGCAACAGGAUCGUGGGACUCGUUCCUACGCGUGUGGAACUAAAUGUUUUACACAAUGCGCAUUAACGGGUGGGAUAGGGUCAACGUAGCGGUGGUUGCAAGCAGUCUGCGUUUAGCAACACCGACAAUAACAACAGUAGCAA